AUGUCGAUCCUUCUGGACCCGCGACUGCAGCCGCCUCCUGUGAUCGGUGGCCGGUACACGAGCCGGUUCCACCUUGGCUCCUUGGACUCCCCCUUGCCUCUCUUUGACUUGAGGGGAUUUGCCUGUGAGAUUCGAAAUCUGCCUGAGGGAUGCAAGUUUCCGCUCACUGGAUAUGACUUGGUCGUCCUGACCACAGAGCCACUUUCGUUGGAGGUUGAUGGUCUCUCUUGGUUGGCCACUCCGCCUGUUUGCGAUCAUUUCGUGGCACAGGUGGUUGAUGUUUGUGCUGGCCUUGGGGCUACUACGAUGGGGGCGCAAUUCAUGGGUGCUCGUGUUCUUGCGCACUUCGAGUGCAAUGGGCUUUCUUUGCGGCAUCUUCGCCGGAACUCCAAUGCUCCGGUGCUUGACGGGAACCUUUGCAGUGACUCGGAUUUGAAGAGAUUUCAUCAGAUGUUAGAUGGUCAGCUUUUCACUCUUUUUGCUGGGUUCCCCUGUCAACCAUACUCUGAUCAGGGUUCCCAGUGUUCGCAGAGGGACCCUCGCUCAGCUGUGUACUGGGCUGUUCUGCGGUGCAUCAUGUUACUGCAAGCUCAAUCAGUGGUGUUGGAGUGCACGCCAGCUGUCUACUCGGAUCCGGACAUCCAGGCUGGCCUCUCUCAAGUGGAAGCCACUCUUGGCUGGCAAGGCCACCAGUUGAUCUUUGACUUAGACCAUGAAGCUGAUCUUCAGCUGACCCGUGCCGAAUUGGCAGCGUAUGGUAAUCCAGCCUUCGGCAGUGAUCGACGACUAGCCACUCUGGAUGAUACCAUGCCUACGGUUCUCCAUUCUUAUGGUUGCGCUCUUCAAGGUUGCUUUUGCGGGUGCAGAGAUCGUAGCUUUGCUUUGUCUUCACUACAGACCAAAGGACUUCGAGGCAUCCUGGUCAUUUCCGAAGCUCAUUUACAGCCUCGUUUUUUGCACCCAGUUGAGUUGUCGUCUUUGCUCUCCAUUCCUCCGGAUCAACAUUGGGAGUCACAGCCGAGACAGUCGCUUUGUUUGCUUGGACAGUCCGCUGCACCACUGCAAGCGUUGUGGAUGUACUCUCAUCAAGCGAAUGCAGCCGCCUCUCAAUUUGGGCAUUCUCGGAUUGAUCCUCUAGCUUUGGUUCAUCAGUACAAAAUUGCCUUGUGCAAGCAGAUUCGACAGACUGUCCCUUGGGCUUAUCCAGAACGUCCUAUCUUGAAGGAAGGCAUGGUUACGAUGGGCCAGUUGCUCAAGGCCGAAUCCAUUUCGCUGGGUUGGGGAGAAACAAUGUGUUGUCACUCCAUGCAUGGCCAAAUGUCCCAGGACAUGGUGAUUGAUGAAGAGAUUCCAGUUCAGCUCUGGAGUCAUCCCAAGCGGCAGGCGAAACCACAGCCUGCUGGGUUGGUUGCAGUUGGCAUCCAACAUGACAACCAGUUGUAUAUCUCUUGCGUGCCCUAUGGUUCGUUUAUGUUUGAGGCUUUGGCGGAGCAUUCCCUGCACAUGGUGCUGUGGCUGGUCGACGAGGAUGGCAGGGUAUAUGGGCGUGACUAUCGGAUUUGGUCCACUUUGCGGCUUUCGACUUUGUCGCCUGGUUCUUUUCCAUCCCCCUCGCCUUUGCCUUGUACUUCAUUGAUGGAUCAACAAGCUUGUGGGGCAAGUGUGAAUCAGGAGGUCGGAUUGUCAGGCCAUACGGUGUGGCAUGCAAUGUGUUCCAUGUGCAGAUCUUCGGAUUUGAUCGAUCAUGAGACUUUGCUGCACCUUCAUCCUGAGCUUCUUCAUCAUUUGUUAGCGGACUCUCUUUCGCCUGAUCGUGUUCGAGUGUUGCGGCACCUCUGGGCUUGCAGUCAGGGACUGGCGGUUGGAUGUUUUUCAGCUCAUGGGCAUUGGGCGGUGUUAUGUGGUCGCCAAGACGAGACGGAAAUUCGCUGGACUUACUAUGAUGGUUUGCCAGGACAUUUGCUAAACACCGCUUUGCUCUUGGCGCAAAAGUUGUCGGCUAUCUUUGAGCUCACCUUUGUCGAUUUGCAUGUUGGGUCUUUGAUUCCUCAAGCUCACGGCUUCACUUGUGGGGCAGUGGCAUUGGCUCAUGCCUUGAGUUCCAAGAAUCCUUGGCAGCGCCUCAAAGCCACAGCUUCCAAGCCUACGAUUCAAUUCAAGUUUCUCAAGCCUCAUGAGCUGGCUGCCUACAUCGAGCAACAGGAAGCACAGCCCUUCUUGGACAAUCCUCGAUCAAUCAGUGUGGACGCAUUGGGUCUGCUGAUCACAAGCGAGAUUGAUGGUGCAUCAUCCGGCUCCCGUAAGGUCUUCCGGGAUGAGAUUGAGUCGGACUGGGCUUCGGUUGUCGACUCGCCGAUCAAGUUCGUCGCGCCAGCUGACCAAGCUGUCUGCUUCACUGCCUUCCUCAGGGUGAUCAAGCCAUUAUUGCAGCAUUUGUUGGCCAGUGUGACUGAUGGCAUUUACUUUGAGCCUAGAUCCUCUACUGCUACGGGGCCUGAUCCUGAGUUUGUUUUGCUGUGGUUGGGCUCCAUUCCGAAGCAUGAUGCGGUUCACAAGCUCCGUACCAUGGGCAAUGUGGUUGGCCUGGUUAGGAUGCAGAUGAAGUUUGGCCUCCGCGUGAGAGCCUCGGAUGCCGAAAAGGUACACAAAGAAUUGAGACCUCAGGUACCUUUUCAUUUGGGUCGCCCUACGUUGACUUUUCGAGUUCAUCCUCUGCCGCAUGGCUUGGAUCGCCGGGGAGUUGAGAAAAUCUUGAAGGAAUGGGCCUGGAAGGCUAGGCCAUUGCAGCCAACCAAAGGCACUGCUUUGGGUGGAGCAUGGUUGAUCGGGGCGGACAGUCCACCAUCUCAGUCCGUUCUGACAGCUUUCAACCAAGAUGUUUUGAUCAACCAGAUCCAGCAGCAGGAGAUUGUUGAGCGCAAGGUGCAGUUUCAUGCCAGCAAGAAGACUAUUUCUCACGCUUCGACGUCCUCUACUCAGGCUGCCAGCAGUUCCGAGAAGACAGAUCCUUGGUUGGUCAAGUCAGCUGAUCCUUGGGCCAAAUUCCUUCCCACAGUGAUUCCUGGUUCAUCCAGUGGCCAGAAACAUAUUGAUGAGGUUGCAGCCAAGUUGAAAGAAGACAUCACGGCUUCGGUUGGACAGAACUUGCAAGCUCAGGUUGCUUCCAUGGCUCCGUCCACAGGGAGUACUCAGGCUCUCGAUGAUCUUCGCUCCCAGACUGAUCAACGAUUCAAGCAGGUUGAAUGCUCACUCAACGAACUACGGGCCCAGAAUGUCAACUUCCAGUCUUGGUGUACGGAGGCCUCCAAACGGAUGGAAUCUGCUGAGCAGGGCACCCAACAAUUGCAGUCCAAUCUGUUGCAAGUACAGCAGGAAGUACGACAUACUGCUGAUGCUCUGCAGCACUCAGUUCAGCAAUCGUCGAGUGCUUUGCGUGGCGAAUUCGUCAGCGAGCUGGAGAGCAAAUUGUCCAGUCAAUUUGAGAAGUUUGAAGCGCUCUUGUGCAAGAAAUUCCGGACCGAGUUGCUCAAUCCCCGCUUCAUCAGCUUCACCCGUGUUGGAGAGGCUGCCAAUCCUGGACCAGCAUCACAAUCUCUGGCCAUGGCGGAGGGUCGCAUUGUGCGGCCAUUGUUUGGGGCCCCGGCGGCCCUGAGAGCCGGUUCUUCAUGGGCCGGGACUUGGACAGGAGUUGCAACCAUUAGUGACUUCGUGUCUCGACCUUUGACCUUGUCCUGGCAGUCGCAUGAAUAUGAAUCAGGACGCUUGUUGGCCACACAACACUUCGUGCAGGGAGUUUGUUUGACGAAGGCGGUGGUCUACGGGUACCCUUCUUCGCCUACUUGGCCUCGUUCUCGUGCUUUGACCACUGAGUUGCUGGGAGUGGUAACUCACGACAUUGUUUUGGGAGCACGGGGUCCCCGUAUCAUUGCGGGCGACUUCAACGCCAGUUCCACAGAGUUGAGUGUCUUUGACACUUGGAGACGGCUUGGGUGGCAAUCAGCCCAAACUUGGGCCUUGGAUCACUGGCAUCAACCCGUCCGUAUGACCUAUAAGGGCCAGACAGAGCCCGAUCAGGGUGAAGUCCGUAUGAGAAAUUCUUUGCUGGGCACCUCGGUUGUGUCUUGGUUCCGCCAACUUCGACGAUUACAAUCUUAUGUGCACGCCAUACGGGCUGCCAAAUCCUCUUCCUCGGCUGUGGUGUAUCGGCUUGAGCUUUGGUCUGCGAUCUUAGCUGCUCGGGGCUUUGAUCACAGCUUUUCGUGGUGGUGGCAACACUUUGGUUGGGAGGCUGAUCCUUGUGCACCGGCUUUUUUGCCCUCGCAGCCCCCUGAUGUAGCGACGGCGGAGGCCAUUUUUGCGGCCUUUCGCUGUCGUUAUGAGCAGUUUGAAGCUUGGCAUCUGAACCAGAGGAACUCAAUGCUCAAACAAAAACAUGAUCGAACCCUGGGGGCGUUGUAUCAGGACUUGAGAAAACCUGCUCCAGAACAGUUGGAUGGCCUAUGUCAAGAACAGGUGUUUUCUGUGAUUGGCUUUGACAAUGCCACCCACCAGAUUCAAUUGGACGAGAUUCCAUCGUUGUCCGGCACGUCUACAUGGUAUCUGGAUGGAGAACCGGUCUCCCUCCUGCAUGAACAGGAUGAUCUUUGUACCUUGGUUCCUUGGCCUUUGGUGUCGAUUGACUCCACUUUGCUGCAACGACAAUUCUUUACCACCGCCGAGGAGGUUCAUUCGCAACUUUUGAGUUUUUGGCAGAAGAGAUGGUUGGCCGCUUCCCCCUUGCCUUCUGAGCUCUGGGACCGAGUGGUGGCCUUUUUUCGUGCCUUCAUCCCGCAGGUUAGCUUUGACCUUCCGGACCUUUCUGUCCGCCUCUGGCGUGCGGCGCUACGCCGAUACAAACCUCGAUGUGCGAGGGGGGUCGAUGGCUUCUCCCCGGCUGAGCUCCUUUGCAUGCCAGAUUCGUGGACAGCACAGCUUUUGACCUUGUUGCAUGCCAUCGAACGAGGUCAUUUGGCCUGGCCAGCGGCCAUAUUAUAUGGCACGGUGUUCAGUCUGGCAAAAUCGGCAGCAGCCCGUCUUCCUGGAGAUUACCGCCCUGUGGUGAUUUUCAGUGUCAUUUACCGUACCUGGGCCGGGAUCAAGGCUCGGGCUUUGAUACAACAGCUGGAACCUUUUGUCAGUGCUGAAGCUUACGGCUUUCUUCCCCAUAGAGAAGCAGCACAGUAUUGGAUGGGCGUCCAAGGACAUGUGGAACUUUGUCUUUUGUUGGAUCGUGACCUUUUUGGUUUCAGUUCUGACCUCUGCAAGGCAUUUGAACACAUCCCACGUCCUCAGACUUGGGCUCUAGCUGCACAUUUGCAGGUUCCAGCUUCGGUCACACUCCCAUGGAAAUCCUUUCUGGAUAAUUGUCAAAGAGCAUUUGACUACCAUGGGGUUUUGAGCGAAGCAAGCGGAUCUUCGGUUGGAGUGCCUGAGGGCGAUGCCCUCUCCGUUUUCGCUAUGGUCCAACUUGAUUUCAGCUAUCAUGUCUACAUGGCCAAAUUUAGCCCGCGUGCAAUUGCCAGCACGUACGUGGACAAUAUUGGAGUUCGGAGCAAUUCGGUGGCGGCACUUAUUGCUGGCUUCGUGACCACAAGUUCCUUUUAUCAGCUAUGGAAUCUGGAGCUCGACCCUCGGAAGACAUUCGUGUGGGCCACCAAACCUGCCCUGCGAAACCAAUUGAGGUUGAUGCCAUGUCCUUGUCGUGAGACUGCAGCUGAAUUGGGAGGCUCCAUGUCAUUCACCGCUCGAUCUCGAAAUCAGCAUCAAGCCGAUCGUUUGCAUUCUUUGGCUGACAAGUGGCAGCGUCUUCGAUUGUCGGCGGCUCCGCUAUGCUUGAAACUGCGUAGUCUUGGCCCUUGCUUUUGGUCGCAGGCACUCCAUGGUGCACCUUCCUCGAGAUUUAGUGCUUCUUGGAUUGCCGAGUUGCGUACUCAGGCCAUGCGUGCUUUGCGAUUAUCCAAGACUGGGAGUAAUCCCAUGCUGCGAUUGACAUUGAGUGGUCCGUGGGAUGCAGACCCCGGGUUCUUUCAGCUCAAAACCACGGUUCUUACUUUUCGCAGGGUCUGUCUUAAAAUGGAGCACUUUUGCAAUGAUUGGUCCACCUUUAUGUGUUGUUAUACUGGGAUUCUUGGACAGGGUCCGUAUUCCAAGAUUCUGGAACAGCUUCAUUUGGUUGGAUGGCGAUUGUAUCUCCCCCAUGUUUGGGAUCACGACGAUCUUUGCCAUGAUUUGCUUCAAUGGGACGACGCUUCUUUGGUCGCUGGACUACAUGAGGCUUGGCUGCAGCAUGUGGCUUUUGAGGCCUGUCGACGACCUUCCAUGACUGGCUUGCAGGGACUUGACUCCGCUUUGCUGGCUGAUUUACAUAAAGGAGUUUCGGCUCUUCAUCAUUCCUUGCAGUGUUCCUUACAUUCUGGCACCUUUGUUGAUGCUGCUCAUCAUGCCAAGUUUGACUUGGCCAAGACAGCUUGGUGCUCUCAGUGCGACUGUAAGGAUGAUCAAGCACACUGGUGGAGAUGUCCGAGAUUUUCUGAAUUUCGACGGAGGUCCCAGCUCACUCCGGAGAUUUUGGAAGCGGCUCCUGGUCAUGUUUCUUGGCAUCUUUUGCCUAGCCGUAAUCCCACAAGGCGGUGGUUUCGGGAGUAUUUUCAUAUGCGACCAAAUGAACUUGCUUUUGUGGGGACAGCGAUCCAGCCUUUGGAGCAUGUUUUCACAGAUGGUAGUUCCAAGAAGUUGGAUUGUGGCCUUUCCUAUGCAUCUUGGGCCGCAAUUUCGGCCUCGAGUGGUCAGUUGAUUUCUGCUGCUCAUUUGGCCGGAGUGGAUCAAACGGCGGCGCGGGCAGAGGUUUCCGCGGUUUUUGCGGCUGUUGAAUGGGGAGCUUGGCAACACAUACAACUGCAUUUGUGGGUGGAUUCACUUUUUGUUGUGGACAACCUGCAUUAUUUGCUGCGUACUGGCCAUGUCCCCUUGCACUGGAAACACCGCGACCUGUGGGGCCGCAUUCACACAGCUUUGGAACAGUCCGAAUAUCCCCCGUUGGUGACUUGGAUUCCUUCUCACAUUGAUCCGGAGGCAUGUGAGGAUCCUUGGCAGGAUUGGGUGGCCGCUUGGAAUUCUAAGGUGGACCUCUGUGCAGGUGAGAUGAAUGAACGAAGAUCUGCAGAGUUUUGGGAGCAGGUGACUCAGGCCGAGGAGUAUCACCGGACUACUUUGACUUUGCUCACUCAGGGGCUCUUAGCUGCAUCCUGUGGCUUGUGGGCGCAUGUCCUCAGGAGCUUGGGACCAGAGCCCAAUACUCUGCUGGUCAACGCGGCACUCAACGCCCUCCGGCGCGCCAGCCGCAGCGACGGCGCCGCGCCGCGCGACGCGGCUCACCACGCGGCACGCUGGGAGCAAUGCGUGACGUUGGUUGCGACAGCCUUGGCACAACGGCUUCAAGCAGACGAGGUCACGUGGAGCGCCACGGCCGCCAGCGGAUGCCCCUGGGAGUUCUGUAUUGCUGAGCUUGGCUUCGGUCCCCGCGUGGCCGGCCCUUGCGCUGACCAGAUGGCCAAGGAGCGCCGUCGUUCGACCGUGCCACCGACCUCGACCGAGGCGAAGGCCUGGGGUGCAGCGCUUCAGUUGGACGUCCAGUUGCGAGUUCAAGGCGACACGAGACGAGCUCCGAACCAUCGUUUCUCAGUGGUGGUCCUCACCUCGGUUGCUACAGCGCUGAAUGCGGUUGAAUGCUGGCGCUUGGCGUUGGAGAUGCUGGAGCCGAAGGUCUUCCGGUCGGGGCUGGAGAUGCUUGGGGAGCCGAGGAUGGACAGAAGCCUUUGA